AUGGAUUGCUACGUACCGAACAACCCCCAAUUCGGGUUGGUCGAGUAUUGCCCGACAGACCACGGGCUUUGCUGCGAUCCUCUCCAGUGCACCUGUGUCGAGAACCCCUUGAGAGAGUUCCCCGAAGAGUGCUGUCAGCAGGAAAACGAGAACUGCUGUCCAGAAAAUGGCGAAGAUUUGAACGCUUUAAGCGAUACGAUCGCUUGCUCGGCGCUGUCUCCGGACGAGGGGUGGCCGCCCGAGGACAUGGGCUCCUUCUCCUUGCCCCCGCUGGACCUGGAGCCGCUGCCCUCGCUGUUUCCAUUCUCACCAUGCUCGGGAUACAAGAGCGGAGCGGGGGAAUGCAGGGAGCGGGGAGGCGGGGAGGCGGCGGACGUCCUCCUCUCGUUGAAACACGCUGUCGUCCAUGGCGACUGUUCCUCCGAGGCCGUACACCCUCAGAUGAUGGUGAACAACGGUGGCUACCCAUACUACGAACACUAUGGAGGGGCUCCCCUCUUCCCCACCAUGAGCGUCAACGUUUCCAUGAACAUGACUAUGCACGGAUGCCCCCCGGAGCAACUGUGUUCACAGAUGCAAUGGAAUCAGAACGCCUCAACGCCAUCAGUGAACGUGGUCUAUCCACAAUCGCAGAACGUGAUCAGCUCCUCAACCUACCCUUCAGCCACGUAUUCCUUCACCGCGGACUUCCGAACACCAAACCAAAGUGAUCCCCUAAUAACAGCAUCAUCGACAUUUAAACCACUAUUGCAAAAUCCUCAAAAACCGAAUCCUAACUAUGCCUUAUUCCAGCAGAAACCUAAUUUUUCGAACCAGAAGGGUUUAGGGCAGACUUUAAAGAGGCCACCUUCCAAGAUUUAUGGGCAAGAGACGCAGAAGGAACAGAAUAUGGGCAACGGGUACAUCUUGAAUCAAGGACAGAUGCAUCCGCAAGAGUAUGGGUAUGCUGCCUGUGUUAAUUCUUCUGGGAAAGUGCCGGUGGGAGCUCUAAGCAACUGUUCAGAAGAUGACGAACAGAAGCCGAACCUCUGUCGUAUAUGUGGCAAGACGUAUGCUCGACCCAGCACGUUGAAGACCCACCUCCGCACUCACUCCGGUGAGAGACCGUACAGGUGUGGAGACUGCAACAAGAGCUUCUCUCAGGCUGCCAACCUGACGGCCCAUGUCAGGACUCAUACUGGUCAGAAACCUUUUAGGUGUCCCAUAUGUGAUCGUCGGUUCAGCCAAAGUUCCAGCGUCACGACUCACAUGAGAACGCACUCGGGAGAAAGGCCGUAUCAAUGCAGAUCUUGUAAGAAGGCGUUCUCGGAUAGUUCUACUCUAACGAAACAUUUACGCAUACAUUCGGGAGAGAAGCCGUACCAGUGCAAAUUGUGUUUACUGAGGUUCUCCCAAUCAGGCAACCUAAACCGCCACAUGAGAGUCCACGGGAACAUGUCAGGCGGGAUGCUCGGCUGA